CACCGCGCGCUGUUUUUGGAUUGUACAGCGAGGUUUAGCGGUGUGUUUAUAUUGUUUUUUACGGUACAUUUCUUGUACAUUUGUCUCCUGUUGACCGGUGAAAGGGCGCCACAGCAGCAUGUUUACCCCCCGCGCCGCACCGAGCUCCGGCCGCCGGCAGCAGGGCAGGAGCUCCGGGAGGAAGAGCGGGACCAACCUGCUGUUCUCCCCGAGGAGAGCGACUCUAUCCGGGAGGGGAACACCCACCAGAGCGCAGAGCCAUGCCGCUGCAGAUUUAUUUAACUACGAUCUGCAAACCUUCGGCUCCUCGCUGCCCGUCAAAGUGAUGGAGGCCCUGACCAUGGCUGAGGGUAAAGAAAACCUCAUCCCUGUUACU